AACGCCAGGUCAAUAUAUUCUUCGGAAUAGUUCAAGAUGGCGGGCCUCGUCAGUCUUUGCUUGCUGUUCACUAUUGUACAAGUUGGUUACUGCAAACCGAGCGACCCUCAGGUAACCAAGUGGUAUGAUGUGGAUAUGGACUCCCCGGCAGACACGCGGUGGUCGAAAGUCCUCAAUGACUACACGCAGUUUGUGCCAAACUUGCUGGCCACUAUAAGGCAACUGGUCCCAGUGGAAGUGAUUCCUAUAGCUGAGUUGAUCGCUGACGAUAUUGAAAAUCUAAUUCCGAGCCCAUUCGCCGAGGAAUUGUUGGCUGUGGCGGAUGGUUUCGGCAUGCUGCCCGGCGACAUCAUCGCUCUCAACAUCCUCUACGACUUGACAGCAUACUGCACGAGCAUAGUGGCCCAAGACGAGGACGGCGUUAUCUGGCACGCACGUAACCUGGACUACUACUACGGGGACCUGCUGAGAAACAUGACCAUCAACGUGAACUUCCAGAGGAACAACAAGACCGCAUACACGGGGACGACGUACGCCGGCUACGUGGGCCUGGUGUCAGGACAGCGACCUAACAACUUCACCAUCACCGUAGAUCAGCGGGGCCAUCAUGUGCACGUUGGCCACUGGUGGCAGAACAUACUCAUGGCCAUCCUGGACAAGAAGACGUCCUUCGUCAGCUUCCUCGUCAGACAGGUGCUGGAUACGAACACGGGGUUUCGGGAUGCAGUGGAGAGACUGUCGACCACGCCCAUACACGCCCCUGUCUACUACAUCGUUGGGGGUGUUAACCAAGGAGAGGGUGUGGUCAUAACACGUGAUCGCAUGACAGCUGUGGACCAGAUGUACAUGAAUCCAGCUCAUGGGAAAUUUUAUGUCCUUGAAACCAACUAUGACAACUGGACCACGCCCCCACCCUACGACAAAGAGAGGAGAGCUGUCGCCGAGAAGACCAUGAAUGCCUUGGGAACGCAGGGAGUCAACAAGCAGUCCAUGUUUAACGUCAUAUCCACACGACCAGUGAUGAAUGAGAACACCACCUACAGUAUGGUGAUGAGCGCCAGUCAGCCCGCCGUGUACAGUGCGUGGGUCAGAUGGCCUUGAACAGCGGACACGCAACAAUAAAUGUCUCGUACUUCUG